AGCAUUGAUGGUCUAAGCUAAAAAGAACCACGUCCAAAUCUUACUAUACUAAAAGCCCGAUAUACAGAGCAGAGCACGCCACGUAGGAUAGUUAAUUCAGGCCAAUCAGGAACAUGUAUUUUGACACAUCACAAUCGCUGGACAUUUUGUGUGGGCUAUGUAAAUUUUUUUAUUCGGCCCAUCUCCACCCCCAAAACCUUUUUCGUGGCAAGUUUUGCAAUUCUCUUCUCUCGGACUCUUCCAGUUCGUCUUCUCCAAAUCUCUGAGUUCAUGCCCUAACGUCCUUAGAUCUCAUGUUCUUGAAGUCUCAUCUGGAGCCGACAUAGUUGAGAGCGUCAACACUUACGCUCGCCGGAGAAGGAGAGGUGUCUCCGUGCUCAGAGGUAACGGCACGGUGGCUAACACCGUUCUCCGUCAGCCGGUGACGAUUCAUGGGAAUAAUUGCGGAACUGGAGCCGGAGUUGGAGGGGUUGUGACUUUACAUGGAAAGUUUGACAUAAUUCCAUCACUGGUACGGUGCUUCCGCCGCCCGUGCCGCCGAGAUCAGGUGGGUUGUCAAUCAUUGUUGUCAAUCAUUUAAGAUCAUCAUUCAUUGAUGAGCAAGCACGUAGUACCUUCGUUAGGUUAGAAUCGCAAAACACUAUAUUGGUUUGUAUGUUUCAGCUAAGUUGAAACCAAACUCGAGGUUUACACUCUUGCAGACUGUUUUGGUACUAUCUUCUGUUCGAGGUUUACACUCUUGCAGGAAUGGUGAUCCCACCAAACUCGAGAGGUAUCACGAUCGGAGACCUUGGUUCUAUCGUGGUAUUAAUAAUUCUGGGAUUGAAUUUUAGGUUUAUGUGCUUUCCGGAGGCGUUUUAUGUUUACCGCAACAUGAUCGACACUAAUACUUUCAUCAACUUGAUUUCUCUGAUUAGGCUGCUUGAAUGUUUCCUGCACGAUUGGGAUUUCAAGUUACCGGGUGGAUCCAGUGUCAAGGAUGAAGAGGACAGUCUAAAGAGGACGGUAAAGGAGACUAUGGAGAAAGCUUUCUCGGAUAGUGUGAUGGAAUCAAUGAAACUAGAGGCACCUGACUAUAGCUGCAUCUCUAACCUUAUGAGAGAAGUGAGGGACGAGCUUUGCCAGAUGGUGCCUGAUAGCUGGAAAGUGGAAAUAACUGAAACUAUUGAUCUUGACCUUCUCUCACAGUUGCUUAACUCUGGCACCUUGGAUAUUGAUUACCUUGAAAAGAUGCUUGAGUUUGCAUUAGCUACUCUUCGGAAACUCUCGGCUCCAGCCACUGACCGUGAGAAUGAAAGCACCCACCAGAGUUUACUGGAGGAACUUCACAGGUUGUGUGACUUGUGUCAAGCUAAAGAUGAGUCUGGUAGCCUCCAUGCUGUUGCAAUUGUCAAGGGGAUCCGCUUCAUUCUUGAGCAGAUUCACGACCUUAAGCGAGAGAUAGGCAUUGGGCGCAUUUUAUAGGAGUUCCCCUGGUGAUGCUGAAGCGUGAGUUUGCUGUCAGUGUCUUUAAUCUUAACAUCCUCUUGGAGGGUUUAUGGAAGAAUCUGGAAUACGGCAAGAAUGUUACUUUGCUACCCAAUUGAGUGAGUGUUGCUAUGUAAAUGCAAGCUGAAGCUAAACGUAAAAAGAGAACCCAAACUCUUGAGUCUUAAGGGGAACACAAAGCCCAUAUCAACAUCACUGAUAGUAAGAAAAGUUCUGCAAUCUUCGUAUCAGAAGCUGCAAAGAAAUAAGGUUCAAAGAGUUAUCUGCUUCAAACACUAUAUCCACUGAUGAUGAACCUUACAGUGGUCUUCCUAAUCCAGUAAAGUAAUUCAAUCUCUUUAACAUUGUCGUUUAUAUGUUUAUUUGUUCCUCCUAACUGCAAUUGAUCUUGCCGGGCAAUGCAUGCAUGACAAUACAUGAGUGCUUCCAGUGACUUACAGUCCUACACACAAAUGACAAUUUUCUUGGCAAGAAAUGAAUUUUUAACAUUUGAUGUCUAUCUCUUAUCUUAUGCUAAGUUUUUUGUUGCUGUGAGUUGACUGGUUUGAUUUGGUUAGCCCCCGCAGGAGAACUAUGUUCUUACUUGGAUGAUCUUGCGAAAUCAUUGGUUAUUCAGGCUUACAUAAGAGAGUGUUCUUUUGGACAGCCGAAGAUUGAUUCAUCUCAUCCCGACUGGUCUUUCAACUAAGAAAACUGAACAAACCCGUGAAUCUUUUAGAUUAAUUUUGUUAGCAACAACAGACGUACAUUUUAUCAAGAAGGUUAUUGAACAGUAAAAUAUCAUCUAGCUAGCAUCAAUGGAGUAUGACACUGUUUUUCAAGAUUGCCAUUGGAGAAACAGAUCCACAAAAUUUUUUCGUCUCCUCACCACUUCGGUUUUCUCCUAAUGAAUUUAAUAGAAUUUUCUCUCAUAUAUUCAAACUUUUAUCGUUUUGUGGUUUUCUUUUUCAACAACAAUGUUUUGUGUUUGAUUAGUAAGAAGAAUUUCAUUUCAUCAAAUUUCAAAUAAAAUGUCAUUUAUGGUUUUAUAUCAA